ACCUCCUUUUUAUAAGUAAAGAGUGAACCCUCCUCUCUUUUCCCCUCCCUCUAUUCCUAUAUAUAUCCUUAACCUCCACAAAACUAGCUCUCUCCUUCAAUACCCCUCCUCCUCUCUCUCUCUCUCUUCUAUCUCUCUCUCUCUCUAUAUCCAUGAAGGCCAAUGGAAUGCUAUGCCGGUCGCACGAGUCGACGGCGGUCUGCAUACCGUGCGACGCGAGGACGAUGAUCACGACGACGAGGAGGGCGGCCGAUAGGAAGAUUAUCGAGAAUUCGCGGCACCUGGUAGACUUCAAGUACUCUCGGCUGCCCGACUCGCGGAGGUUCGGCCCCGGUCAUGAUCGGAGGCGGUCGGCGGUCACACUCCCCAUGCUCACGAAGAAGGAAAUCAGCAGGGAGCAGCCAAAGCCAAACAAUGCUAAUGUCGUACUGCCUCCUCUUGAACCUGUAUCCACUGCUGAUCAUGUCUUUCAAGUAGUGGUGAUGAGAGUUGCUAUUCAUUGUCAAGGGUGUGCAGGAAAAGUAAGGAAACACAUCUCCAAAAUGGAAGGGGUGACAUCCUUUAGCAUAGAUCUGGACACCAAGAGGGUCACUGUGAUGGGCCAUGUGUCACCAAUGGGGGUCUUGGAGAGCAUCUCAAAGGUUAAGAAAGCUGAGUUCUGGCCUGCUGAUCAUCAGUUGAUCAACUAGAUGCAGUUUCUGUGGGUGUGACAUUGCAGCAGAAAAUGUCUAUGAGCUUUUGGUGAGGGAGAUGAGUUGGAUGGUUACAUUAUUUCAUUAUGAAAACUAUGUUUGUAAGUCACUAUUGUAUAACUAUAUUUUUAUAUUUGUAGCAAUAUUUGUGUGUA